CCUCAAACCGGAUAGCGUUUGUGUAGAGGAAGUUUUGUUUUGCGAGUUUUCCGUCCGUUUCGACUCGCCGAGGUCCUAAUUAAUGCGCGUUGAAGAAUACAAAGUUAUGUUUCUCUGAAUUACCCUCGUCAGACAGGCGCACCGGUUUUCAAAGUGAGAUUACAAGAAGCGAGCUGCUUGAAGCCACGGUGCUGAACACUUUCAGAGUAACCCGAGAGCAGCUCGCUGCUAAGCUAACAUUAGCCUCCGGUCUGCGGUGUGUUGAAGGGCUCUCUGAGCUAACGAAGCCAUGGGGAACCGGGGCAUGGAAGACCUGAUUCCCCUAAUCAACAAGCUACAAGACGCCUUCAGUUCAAUUGGUCAGAGUGUCAAUUUAGACCUUCCUCAGAUUGCUGUGGUAGGCGGACAGAGCGCAGGGAAAAGCUCUGUCCUGGAAAAUUUUGUUGGCAGGGACUUUCUUCCUCGCGGAUCAGGCAUUGUUACUCGCAGACCUCUCAUUUUGCAGCUGGUCAAUAAUAUAGCAGAAUAUGCUGAAUUCCUGCACUGCAAAGGAAAGAAGUUUGUGGAUUUUGAUGAAGUGCGGGCAGAAAUUGAGGCGGAAACAGAUAGGAUUACAGGAUCCAAUAAAGGAAUUUCUCCUAUUCCUAUUAACUUGAGGGUCUACUCCCCAAAUGUUUUGAACCUGACUCUUAUUGACCUCCCGGGUAUGACCAAGGUUGCUGUCGGAGAUCAGCCCGCAGACAUUGAGCAUCAAAUCAGAGACAUGCUGAUGCAGUUUAUCAUCAAAGAGAGCUGUCUGAUCCUGGCAGUUACCCCUGCUAACAUGGACCUGGCUAACUCAGACGCUUUGAAGAUUGCCAAAGAGGUGGACCCACAAGGUCUUCGCACCAUUGGUGUCAUAACAAAAUUGGACCUUAUGGAUGAAGGCACAGAUGCAAAGGAUGUUCUCGAAAAUAAACUGCUUCCAUUAAGGAGAGGUUACAUUGGUGUGGUCAACCGGAGUCAAAAAGACAUUGACGGUAAAAAAGACAUCCGCGCUGCUUUAGCUGCAGAGAGAAAGUUCUUCCUGUCCCACCCCGCCUAUCGACACAUGGCAGACCGUAUGGGCACCCCGCAUCUACAAAAAACUCUCAACCAGCAACUGACCAACCACAUCAGGGACACUCUGCCCGGGCUGCGCAGUAAGCUGCAGAGUCAACUCCUGUCUCUGGAGAAGGAGGUGGAAGAGUAUAAGAAUUUCCGUCCUGAUGAUCCGACUCGCAAGACAAAGGCAUUGUUGCAGAUGGUCCAGCAGUUUGGUGUGGACUUUGAAAAAUGCAUCGAGGGAUCUGGAGACCAGGUGGACACUAACGAGCUGUCAGGCGGUGCCAGGAUCAACCGACUCUUCCAUGAACGUUUCCCUUUCGAGCUAGUCAAGAUUGUAUUUGAUGAGAAAGAACUGAGGAGGGAAAUCAGUCAUGCAAUCAAAAAUGUCCAUGGUGUCAGAACGGGGCUCUUCACCCCGGACCUGGCUUUCGAGACGAUUGUCAAAAAGCAGAUCUGCAAACUCAAAGAGCCCAGCCUCAAAUGUGUGGAUCUUGUGGUGACUGAAUUCACUGCUCUCGUCAUGAAGUGUGCCAAAAAGCUCAACUCCUACCCCAGACUGAGAGAGGAGACGGAGAGGAUCGUCACCACCCACGUAAGAGAAAGAGAAGGGAAGACCAAAGAUCAGGUUCUGCUGCUGAUUGACAUUGAGCUGUCUUACAUCAACACCAACCAUGAAGACUUCAUAGGCUUUGCUAAUCUUGACUACAGAAGGCUGGAUGAUGGUAGCUCCCCAGGGUACAGCAACAACAGUGCUCAGCAGAGGAAUAUUGCUGCAAACAAAAAGAGGGCAGUACCCAACCAGCUUGCCGGUUUAGGCGAGGCCCAGGAAGAGAAGGUUAUCAGGAAAGGCUGGCUAACCCUCAACAUCAGCAUCAUGAAAGGAGGCUCCAAGGAAUACUGGUUCGUGCUGACGGCCGAAUCUCUAUCCUGGUACAAAGAUGAGGAGGAAAAAGAAAAGAAGUACAUGUUGCCUCUGGACAACCUGAAGCUCAGAGACGUGGAGAAAGGCUUUAUGUCCACAAAGCACAUCUUUGCAAUCUUCAACAUUGAACAGAGAAACGUCUACAAGGAUCAUCGACAAAUAGAGCUGGCCUGUGAUUCUCAGGAAGAUGUUGACAGCUGGAAGGCGUCCUUCCUCAGGGCUGGGGUUUAUCCUGAAAAAGACCAGGUGGAGAACGAAGAGACGGUACCCACAGACACGUUCUCCAUGGAUCCUCAGUUGGAGCGGCAGGUGGAAACCAUCCGCAACCUGGUGGACUCGUACAUCGGCAUCAUCAACAAAUCCAUCAGAGACCUUGUGCCCAAAACCAUCAUGCACCUCAUGAUCAACAAUGCGAAGGAUUUCAUCCACUCGGAGCUGCUGGCUUAUCUUUACUCAUCAGGGGACCAGAACAGCCUGAUGGAGGAGUCGGCUGACCAGGCCCAGCACAGGGACGAAAUGCUGCGCAUGUAUCACGCCCUCAAGGAAGCGCUGCACAUCAUCGGCGACAUCACCACCAACACCAUCUCCACGCCAGUUCCACCACCCGUAAGCGACAAUUGGCUCCAGGAUUCCAGCCCAACCCCUCAGCGAAGACCACCUCCUUCAUCGUCCCAGCCCCCCAACCGUCCUCCCGCUGUUCGGGGCCCGACUCCUGGGCCCUCCAUGAACGCCACCCCAGCCUUUAAUCCCUCCCCAGCGUUUGGUGCCCCUCCGAUCCCCUCCCGCCCUGUUCCACCCGCCGGUGCCUUCAACAGCAGCCAGGAUCCGUUCAGCGCUCCACCACUGAUCCCAUCCCGGCCGGCCCGUGUCCCACCCGGUGUUCCCAGCCGAAGACCCCCUGGUGCCCCAUCUCACCGGCCCACCAUUAUUCGUCCUGCAGAGCCUUCCCUGCUAGACUAGACCUGUGGCCAAGCCCACCCUAGCAUGCUUUUUUGUUCCUGGAUGUGUUUCUGCACACUGUUGGCCUGGAAUGGAGGGGGUCAACGGGAGGGGAUGACUAAGUGACGUGUAGAUUACAAGCAAUGUUAAUAAGCUGCUAAUACUUUCUAUUUACACGCACAAGAAGCAAAAAAAAACAUUUUAUCACUUAAAUUUUCCAUUUGCCUGCCAUGUCUUGCAAACUAAAACCCAUCAAUGCCUUUAGCAAACAUUUCAAAUUCAUUUCAAAUUUUCUUUUAAAUGUUCUGUUUUUUUUAAUUCAACUGGUUCUCAGCCACAUGCUACAUAUAGUCUCAUAUUAUCUGGUACACGGUGUCUCCCCUCCUCUUUUCCUCCACUCCCUUCAUUUUUAGCCCCAGAUACUCUGGGUAUAGAAUACAUUAUUGUUGAUGUUUUGCUGGUUUUUCAUAUCCCAACUCAUUUCAUACUGAAAACAGUUACUUAACAUGAUGUCUAUGAUGGUGUCAGAUAUAAAUAAUUUGUUCUUGUGUUGUCUUCAUUUGAGUGACUGUCUUUCCUUAUGAGCAUUAUAAAUGUAGCUUUAAAAUUAAGUUCAGAGUCGACUCAUAAAACACACCAAGACAAGAUGCAAGUUAUUCAUAAUCGUUCCGCCUCCGUUUCUUCAUAUAGAAAAGAUUAUUUUUGCUUGAGUCCAAGCACUUCUAGCCACUGGGGCUUUGCAAGAAACCACUCGUAGCACGGAUGCUGUAGUCUGGACACUAUGCACCCCCGCACCUCCAGGAGAGGGAGACAGACUGAAGCCUGUCUGCUCCUUCAGAAACGUUAAAGUUUGGUUAAUAAUCCUUCUUUUCUCUUAAUCCCACUGAGAUUUUGGUGAGGUUGAGUCUAAUUCCUAGAUUAGCUGAUUCAAAAAGAGCAGAUUUCUGUGAAAGAGGAUUAGAUUCUGAGCUGCUGAGUGUUGAGAUGAUAUCUGGGUCACAGAGCAGGAAGAUGUCUAGUUUCUCCUUAAGAAAAUGUAUUAUUAUUAUUAUUAUUAUUAUUAUUAUUAUUACAGUUAUCGGUUCUGCUUCCAGGCGUCAGGUAUAUUGUAAAUAGCUGGCCUUUACAGAAGAGAUGUCUCAUUUUCUCACAGGGUUUAUAUACAUAAAUAUUAGGCAUAAUCAUCCCAGGAAAUGUAAAACAGCCACCUCAGUCUUUACAGUAAAAAAAAAGGACUGUCAAUUCAUUGAAUUUUUUUUUUAACCUCAGGAUUCUAAAAAUAAUUUUUCAGCUCCUAUUAUUUAUAACCUGGGCAUUUGUUCUUUUUCAUGGUUUUUGGACGCACUUCUAGUAGCUCGAUUCAGCUUCUAUCUUACCCAAUUCCUUAACUUUUGCUCCAUUUAUUUCAAUUCUGCUGCAGCGACGGGUUUUGUUGGGAGUGUUACUGGGUCUUUACAAACACAGCUGUAAUUAUAUGCUGAGAAAUGUCUGAUUGCUUUUUAAGGGUUUGUUCUUUAUAUAUAUCUAUAUAUAGAUAUAUAUAUAUAGGUAUAUAUAUAUAUCUAUAUAUAUAUAAAAUUUUUAUCUUUUUUUCAUUCUUGAUCUUCAGGUGCUGGGGGGGGGAAUGGUUUAAGUUGGGAGUGAUAAUGGGUCACUUAGAUUUUCUUCUCUUUUUUUUGUGGUGGUGAUUUGGUGGGCGGGGUGGUGAAAAAGUGCAGGUUCCAUCAGAGGAGCUGCCUAGAACACGGAGAAAAAAAAAUUACACAACCAUUAAAAGAUUGAAGAAAAUGAUUUAUAUAAAUCCCAAAUUGCUGUCUUAAGACAGGAUGUAUACUUUGUGCCUGUUUUCUUUUCUCCUGAUCUUGCUUUCAGUGACAGAGCCUGAAAACCUAAAACAAAAUCAGCAUUGGAUCCUAAGAAUAAUUACCAUGAUAGAUUAAAAAAAAAGAAAAAAAAACUAAAUUCCCACAUGCCUGUCACUCCAGUUUGUCCAUGUGAAGACUGUAAAAUCUACAUGAACAUGUAGGAAUACUGUCUGUGUGUAUCAUCCAUCCUUAUUCCCUCCCCUUUCUGAAUCUGCAGGAAGGGGUUGGAAACCAUCCCUCAAACAUCUUUCUUUUUGUUUUGCAAACCCUUAUGAAGUGCCUCUGUAGCAAUUAAUGGAUUUUUAAUAAACAUCAUGACCUGGUUUAGAAAGAAAAGUAAAUAAAGAGGUGUGUUCAAUAAAGGGACUGGUUUUGGUG